AGUCAUCAGAGGCCUGUUUCAGCAAGAAGAAGGUGGUGCAGAGCCUCCGUCGCCAGAUUGCUUGGAAAUGGGAGAAAUCGGGUCCUACUAAAUGCCAUCCAGUGCACACCUACAGGAUUCUCCUCCACUCCUCUCCAGGACCCUUACACAGAAUGAAGGACAGACCUCCUUGAGGCAGAGUAGCAGCUGUGGUCCGUCUGCUACCUCUGCCUCUGAGUCAUUGUCAGGUUACACCGAGUCAAGAAUUCCUCACAGUGAAAUGCUCCAAGAAAAGUUUCACGGAAUCAUCCUCCCUGAGUCUCCUGCUAAGCUUCUCUGCUGCUGUGCAGUGAUCGUGGUCCUCAGCGUAGCUGUAGUAGCUCUUUCUGUUGCAUUGUCAGUAAAAAAGACACCACAGAUCUCCACCGUAAAAACCUAUGCUGCUUGCCCGAGAAACUGGAUUGGAGUUGGAAAUAAAUGUUAUUAUUUUAAUGAAACGGCAAGGAACUGGACAUUCAGCCAGACCCUCUGUAAGGAACAAGAGGCCGAGCUAGCACGAUUUGACACCGAGGAGGAGCUGAAUUUCUUAAGGAGAUACAAAGGGAGUCCGGGUUGUUGGAUCGGUCUGCACAGAGAGUCAUCAGCACACAAUUGGACAUGGACAGACAAUACUGCAUAUAACAAAUUGCUUCCCAUCCGAGGAGUUGAAAAACAUGGUUUUCUGAGUGAUAAUGGGAUCAGCAGUAGCAGAGACUACAUAAAGAGGAAUUCGAUUUGUAGCAAGCUCAACAGCUACACCUCACAGUGCCAGUAGUUUCGUGUUCUGGGUAGAGAGUUUGUCCUAGCAAUCAUGAGGAACACGGAACAUGGUAUCUACAGUUCCUGCAUCAUUAACAAUGUGCUAAAUCAUCAUCAGUUCAUAAUGUGUGGUGACAUCUAAGAUGACAGACAACUGAGGACUAUUUUGUUUGGGAGAUCAUGAAUUGUUCUAUAUUAAGUAGGUAUUCAGGUAUGAGCUAGAUCUCACGUCUUAAACAUAAACUAAGUCACGUCAGUAUUAGUUUCCUCUACUUUCUUUCUUUUUUCUCUUUUUUAAAUUUAUUUAUUUAUUUGUAUGCCAAAUGUUGUCCCCUCCUGGUUCUCCCUUCCAGAGUUCUUUACUCCACAACCCCUCUUCUUUACUUUUGAGGAUCCUCCAACCCCCAUCUUCAACCCAUCCCACUCUGAGUAAUCCCCCUCUCUUGGACUUUAAGCCUCUACACGACUAGGUGAAUCCUCUCCUAUUAGGGCCAACAAGGCCUCUGCUACAUAUGACCUGGGAGCUAUGGACCAGCCAAUGAAUCUUCUUUGGUGACUUAAUCGCCAGUUGAUGUUGUUAGUCUUCCUAUGGAGUUGCCAUCCCUUUCAGUUCCUUUAAUGCUUCUUUUAACCCUUCCACAGGUGUCCCCGACUUCAGUCCAGUGGAUGGAUUUAAGUAUCUGUAUCAGUCUCAGUCAGCUGCUGGUAGAACCUAUCAGAGGGUGCAUUGGUCUGGAGUCAAUAGAGUCAAGCAAUACUCUAGGGGGGGGGAUUGAGGGUGAUUACUGAAAAGACAGAAAAAAGAUAAAAGUAACAGAUAAUGGGAGGGCUUAUAGGUCAAUAGCACGCCAUCCCUGAGUGUAUGUCUCACAGCCUUUUUAUAAGAUGAUACCAUGUGAAAGAAAGUCACAAGCCAACAGAAACAAUUUUGUUGAAAUAUAUAUCAGGCAUUAGUUUUCACCAAAAACCUUAAAAUCUUGUUAUUUUUUUUUACCAAGGUCAAUAGAAUCUUUAGCUCUUAGUGUUGAGCCUUAUAAGUUGGACCAGCGACUGGAUGGCUUUUCCUUCAGUCUCUGCUCUAUUUUUGUCCCUGCAUUUGUUUUAGACAGGAACAGUUUUGAAGGUGAUUACCUCUACUUUUAUGACUAGCUAUGAAGUAUUUUUUUCCCAUUAGUAUUUUUGAAUGACUGGGGUCUUAAAAAAAAUGAAGGGCAAAUAACACUGUGAAAUGAUUCUGUCUUGACAAAAAGAUGAUUAUUGUUCUGUGGUCUUCUAAUACUUUUAGAAUCAUCAAUAUUCUUUUAUAAUAUUCAAUGACCAACAUGAAGGGAGACUUAGACAGGUCUAAAACCAAUAUUAGUAUUAUUAAUUUAAUUAAUAAGGAAUAUUUGUCAAAAUACUUUUAGAUUUACUUCUCAGUUUUCCCUUUUUAAUUAAAGUAUGCUAAGAAUUUGUUAUAAACGAGUCUUUUUACUUUCUUACUUAAUUUUUUGAGAAUUUCUGCACCCUGGCAUCCCAGUUGGGUGUAGGCAAUGACCUUUUAGCCUCUCAUCAAGAACCUGGUAACACAGCUCCCACUGAGAAGUCACUGGGAUGUCUGCCAGUCUCUCACAUCUGUGGUCAGGCCUGUGCUUCUUGAGCAUGCAAAUCCCUGGUGGCAAAAUCCUUCAGGAACAGUCACUAGCACCACUGUCUCCUUUUUCCUAACAUGGGGAAUUCAACAUCACAUGAGAGGGAUUUCCAAAUCAAGAGGACUCCCCAAAAGAGGGCCUAGAUUUCUGGAGUGAGGUGUGCAGAGAAAUGUCACGAGGAGACAGCAUUGACCGUUUAUGAAUGUUGCUCCCAUAAACACACUUAUUGAAUGUGUACCUUAUGGCAAAAAUCCUUUAGAAGGUGAAGUAAAAAAAAUAAAAAUAAAAAAUAAAAUAAAAUCAAUGUGGAGAAAUGGCGUGAGGUGACUGCUCCCAGCUUGCUAGUUGCUGGCCAUGAAGGAUUUGUGUUCAUCUCAGCACACUAAGAUAAAGGGCAGGCAGACUGUCUCAAGCAGAGGAUCCUGGUGCUGUGCCAAGAAAGCUGCAGACCCGAGGAAGUGGCCGUCCCGUUUCUUUACUCAUGAGAAAUAACUUUAUUUAUGGUUUAAUUAGGUAUCACACCAAAGAGUUGAACUGCAGACAGGUUUCUCAGUCUGCAAGGACUUUCAGGUCUCUUUGAACCAAGACAAGCUGUUGCUAAGUAAACAGCACCUGGUGGGAAUGAGAAACCAUGGGAAAUCUUUAUUCUGCUUUCUGUAUAAAAGAUGCUGGAAUACUCAAUAAACUAUGCAUUGGCCUUCUGUGCA